UAUAAUUCAUCACUACGAAAAAGCAAGCAAACAAUCAUUUUAGAAAUAACGUAAACACGCUUCCACUAGUCUAUGUCGCAGUGGAUCCCGAAAACGGCGUGGAAGGUGUCCAACUUGAACAAGCGCUAUGGACAGCAGUACAUACCCAAGGGCUACCCCGUUGCGCAGGGCGGUGAACUCCUUUCAAGCUCUCACACUUCCUUAUACGAUGAAAGGGCUCUCAAGAAAGAAUGUGUUGGUGAAAAUUUUAUGACAACUCUGAAGGUAAGUGACGCGAACCUGUUAUCAGAGGCAACAAUAAUUGAUUUGCGUGAACACUCGGUGAGUCAGCGUGAGCCAUUGGGCUUACCCUCUGUUCUAGUCUUACAUUUACAUGAUCUUCUCUCUGGAGCAGCACUUCCGUUACUUCCAGAACGAAAAGCGCAGAGUGAGUUAUUUUUGGUGGCUCCUAAUACACAUCGUGCGAUGAAUGGGGCUAUAGGCAUGCGUCGAUGGGGCUACAGUAACGUGUCUAUUGUAAAUGCAGCCACGAUUUCCAAUCCUAUCAAGGAUAUUGAGUCGAAUAGAAAAGAACAUUGAUAAUCAUGUUGUUUGUGUGGUGCACGAUUAUACUCUAUAGCCAAAUGAUGAUAAGCAGAUGCCUUGAUGUGACUUCACGGCAUUAUGCAAAUCUUUUUAGUUUUCCCUAUGUUUACGCACACAUUUGUCGUCUCAAAUGGAUGGAUUAGUGACUCUUUAUAUGUUUUACUGUGUUAGGGAAACAUCUUUUGCGAGAUCUUAAGGUUACUACUUCUGUAUUGAUACAAAAAUGUCAU